CUGCGUUAGUCUGCGCUUCAAACAAAUAAAUAAAUGACAGUCAGUCCUGUAUUAAAUCUCAUUUCUAACCGUCCUUAAUUGAACACAGGCGUUUCUGUUGUGUAGCCCAACCCCACUGACUGCAAUCGGAAUAACAGAAACACACGUCAGUUGCAACACAAUGCACCAAACUGAAAGCACGCUGAACCUGCACCUCUCUGUUAUUUUAAACUAAUACUAAACGCCGAAACUAUUCGCUUUAACUUGUGCACCGGCCGGACUGGUAACAGCUCUCUUUAUGUAACACCACUGCAAAAGCCUGUUGCACCUCAAAACUCCUUCACUCCCUACUGAACCUUUACACAACUCUAUCCUUUCCUUUUGUGUUAAGACAUCUGGAUUCACCCUUUUUUCUUUCUUUUUCUUUUUUUUUUUUUGAACCCAAUGUCUUACUUUGGGCUUGGCAAACACUGACUUGUUGAGUUGUUCCCCCCAGCGCCCUGAGCAGUCCCUCUGCAAACAGUGACAGAAAGGAGCGAGCAUUUCUGCGAAACCACCUGUGAAAACAAAGUGCGAGAAGGCUGAGAAGGCUGAAAUGCCUCCGUGGCCCCCGCUGUCGGGCUGCUGCGCGUUUUUUUUUUUUUUUUUAUUUGUCCCGCCCCGGCCGCGGUCCUGCAGAUGGGUUAAUUUGGCGCAGGCUCAAUUGAAAUCUGAGUUUAUCUUGUGCGAAAGUACCGUGACUGUGCAAAUAACUGCAGGCUGCUCGGGUAGCGUUGUGUACGUUUUGGGGUGGAGGGUUCUCGCCGGAACGCGGUGACGCACUCCUCGCGAGGCUCGCAAACCAGGUUGGGAAAGGAGAGACGGGAUCAUUUCCAUAGUUAUGUGCAAAAAAAAAAAAAAAAACACAAAAAAAACGCCCACUCAUGUCUAAAAAAUGCGCUCUUUAAGUUUCUGCUAUCUGUCAUUUCAAGAACUGCUGCUCCUUUCUUUGAAAUGAUGAAUAGACGCAUUGACGCUCCGUAUCCAAGGGCUAUGGUAUUUGAGGCUUGCCAGACUGUAAUUUUCCCGCUGUGAGGCGUCUCGAUGGGCCUGUGUCACAACAGGCUUCCCGGGGCCUUCUGUAACCAAGCCGCUGUUGAGCAAGACAGAAAGCGACUGAUAAGAGUAUUUGUGUGUGUGUGUCAGGACCUGAGCAGGACGGUACGCGUUGAAGCUGCAGGGGAACAGCAGCGUUGUUGCAUUGUCGAAGAAGCGCCCGAGCCGAGGGAGUGUCACCUGCGUAAUCCCGCGGCUCUUUGCCUGCCGUGUCUUUGUCACCGCGUGAAGACCCCAAACAAAGAGAGGCAGGCGCUUUGCUGUUGUCACGUAGAGCACUGGGAUGGUUUUGGUGGAGUGAGACAUCGCUCACAUCUCAUUUUAAAAAAAGAACGACAACAGCAACGUUGCAUCUUAUCACUUUAAACUGCCUCAAGCUGCAAAAUGGACGGAGUAGACACCUUGCAGAGCUCUGCCCCGGAGACCAAGGCCGAGCGAAUUGCUCGCUACAAAGCAGAAAGAAGGAGGGAGCUGGCUGAGCGCUAUGGCAACAUGGAGGACGUCACCUCCAGAUACGUCCGCAAGGACAGGAAAACCGGGGACGCGUCGGAGACGACGUCUUCAGCCGCCAAGGAGAAGGAGAAACACGAGGAUAACGGAUCAGAGCAAACGCAUACGAGGAGGGGCCUGCGGAGUAAAGCGUCGGAGUCCGUGGAGGAGCCUGAGAACAAGCAAGAAAAAGAUGCUGAUGCUCAACUCAAAGCAGACUCCAGCUCCAAAUCUGAGCUUUAUUCCUCCACGAGGACGUCCUCUUUCUCCCGGCGGCUGGAAAGUGGUGACACAGAGGAGCCGAAGGCUGAUGUGAAGCCUGUGGAAUUGAUCAAGAGGACUGCAACGUCCCAGACGUCUCAUUUAAAGGAAGAGGAGAGGACGAAGGAUGGACGGAGCGGUCGUCACGCCGAUGACGGAGUGAAGCAUCAGCUAAUCAGCAGCGACGAAGAGGAAGCCUCAGCAGCCCUCCCUAAAACUGACCCAGGCGAUGCGAUGGAAGAGAAAGAGUCUGCAGAUGAAGCGUCACUGAAGGAGCGGCAUGAGCAAACGUCUGCUGCAGAGGAAAAGAAGUCCUCCAGUCUUCUCUCUGACACCGUUCUCCCAAUCAGCAAGAACAGAGAAGCCUCUCCUCCUCCCAGUCCUCCAUGCCAGUCCUCCUCGUCCUUGCUCCAGCGCCAAGACUCAGGACCUCACGGGAUCAAGGGAAUCUUAAAGAAGAGCCGCUCCACCAGCGUGGAGUCGGACCAAAGCGAGGGCUCCACGCCUGAUCACGGGCCGCCGGUCCGGCAAAGCAGCGUCACCCUGAGCCACCCUGAGAGUGAAGAAGAGGAGGAUGUGUUGGAGGAGGAGGAGGAGCAGGAGCAGGAGCAGGAGGAGGAGGAGGAAGAGAUGGAGUUCGACAAAGUUGACGAGUCGUUAACGGAAGACGUCACAGACGGAGGGAGCUUCAGCGUUAACAGGCAACGGGAGGAGGACGGCAGCAGGAGCAGCGGCAGCAGUAGGGGAGGGAGCUUCAAGGAGGUGCGCAGCCCGUCGCCUGAUGAGAGUCUGGAGAGGAGCUCCUCGGUGUCCGAAGAUGUCGAGGAGCUGGAGAGCAGCUUGGAAGGAAGUGUGGGCUCGUCUCUGAAGCAGAGAUUGGCAGAGUUCAACAGUGGAGAAAAUGACACACCGAAGAAGACGAAGCCGUCCAACCUGAUCAACACACCGCUGUCGGAACGCUUCAACCUGCUUCAAGGUGCUGAAAAUGCCUGGAAGAAAAAGAAGUCCAGCGUGGACGUGGAGCCUAAGAUGUCCCUGGCAGAGAGGAUGAAGAUCCUCAGGGAGAAGGAGGAGCAGUGGAAGAACAAAGGGAAAGGAGCCGCCAACGACUCGGUCCAGUUCACCGUGGCCGGACGCAUGGCCAGGAGAGGUGUCACUUCAGAGGAGUCGCCCAUUAUCUCCCUCAAAAAGUGUAACGCCACCCCCGUGAAGCCCCACGAUGAAAUCUCCAGUAGAACAGACGUGAAGGUGGAAGGAGACAAACGCCUCGACAAGCUGGAGUCCUUCCUGGACAAGCUCCACAAUAAAGGUGUGAGCAAACACAAGACGUCCACCAUCGAGGUGACGGCUCAGACCGAGAAAGAAGUGAUGACGCUGGACGACGACGAGACGUUCGGUAACUUCUACAAGUCCAUCUCCUACUCGUCCUACACGUCCCACGAGUCCACGGUGGUGGUGACGGACGAGGACCUGAGCCAGAUACAAGCAAAUACUCCAAAACUAACUUCCUCCGUAGCUGAACAUAAACGCGCCGUGCGUCCCGCCCGGAGGAACCAGGGCUCCAGGAACCCUCUGAAGGCUCUGGCCGCCCGGAACGACAUCCGGCAGGUUUACACGGAGCAGAGGCUGAACGUGGCCUCGGUGGAAACCAAGAGGAUCCAAGUGGAGAGAAUGGCCAAACACUCCAACCUGGCUGACGUGGCCUUGGCCGGGCUCGCCAGCAAGGAGAACUUCCGCAAGGUCAACCUGCGCAGUGUGAAGUCCACGGAUGUUGUGACCAACAACAGCGCGGUGCCCUUCAACAAGCUCAUGCUCAUUCGCAUCAAAGGUCGGAGGCACGUCCAGGUGCGUCUGAUGGAGCCCACGGCAAAGUCUCUGAACAGCGGCGACUGCUUCCUGCUCAUUACGCCCAAGCACUGCUACAUGUGGAGCGGAGAGUUCGCCAACGUCAUUGAAAAGGCAAAGGCAUCGGAGAUGGCGUCGUUCGUUCAAGCCAAGAGGGAUCUGGGCUGUAAGGCCCCUCAGGUGACGGUGCUGGAGGAGGGCAUCAACACCGAGAGCAAAUGGGCCAAAGAGUUCUGGAGUCUUCUGGGUGGAAAGACCAAAUACAGAGGGGCCGGAGAGCCAGAGGAGGACGAGCUGUAUGAGAGCGGUGUGGUGGACUCUAACGGGGUCUACAGGCUCCAGGGAGACAAGCUGGUGCCUCAUGAAGAGGCCUGGGCCUCCAUCCCCAGCGUGACCUUACUCGACUCUAAAGAGGUCUUAGUGUUUGACUUUGGCAGCGAAGUGUACGUGUGGCAUGGGAAAGACGUGCCCCUGGGCGACAGGAAAGUAGCGGUGAAACUGGGCAAACAGCUCUACAGCGGCAGCUACGACUACAGCAGCUGCAGAGUGAAUCCUUUAGACGCCUCCUGCACCAACAAGGAUGUGGCUCAGCAGGGGGAGAGUCGUCCGAGCUGGGCUCUGUUCGGCCGUUUGUCGGAGCACAAUGAGACGUCCCUGUUCAGAGAGAAGUUCCUGGACUGGGCCGAGAGGAAGAAAGAGGAAACGGCUCAAACAGAGGAAAUCAAGAGCCCCGUUCACUCCACCACGCGCCCCCCUCUGGAGCAGGAGCUGCAUCCGUGCGACGCCAAAGUCCUGCUGGACAACGAGCCGGAGCCGGUGAAAACGCUCCUGGAGGGGGUGGACGUGCAGCGGGGCCACGGCCUGGUGCGCACGGAGGACGGGCGGCAGGCGGAGCUGGCCACCGUGGACGUGGAGGCGUGGCACAUCAAGGAGCACGGGGAGGAGGAGCUGCCCAAAGAGAGUCUGGGCCAGCUGCACGACGGCGACGCCUACAUCAUCCGCUGGAAGUACUCCAUCACCACGCUCGUGGGGAAGCGGCAGAAACCUGGAGAGCUGAGCGCCGGAGCUCCUGGAAGAGAGAGGGUGGCUUGUUUUUUCUGGCAGGGCCGUCACUCCAGCAUCAGCGAGAAGGGAACCUCGGCUCUGAUGACGGUGGAGCUGGGCAGCCACAGGGGCUCACAAGUGUUGGUGAGUCAAGGCAAAGAGCCUCCGUGCUUCCUGCAGCUCUUCCAGGGAGGUCUGAUCAUCCACAAGGGGAGUAGAGAGGGAAGCGUUAACAACACAGGGUGCUGGAGGCUGUUUUGUGUCCGUGGGGAGGCCGAGGUGGAGGCCUCCCUGGUGGAGGUGGACUGCCAGCGAGCCAGCCUGCGGUCCCGGGCCAGCCUGGUGCUGCUCAACGCUAAGACGGAACGUCUUUACCUGUGGCAUGGAUGCAAAGCACAUGUAGGCGCCAGAGAGGUGGCAAAAAGGGCUGUGGACAAACUAACCCAGAGGUGUCCCUCGGAGUUGGGACUGAGCAGCGGCAGCAGUGUGAAAGUUGAGGAGGUGGAGGAGGGAUCUGAACCUGCAGAGUUUGUGAAGGCUCUGGGUUCACAGGAUAAGAAAGCGUACGACUGUAUGCUUCAAGAUCCAGGAAAAUACAACUACACUCCCCGGCUCUUCAGGCUGAGCGCCAGCUCUGGGGUGUUUGAGGGGGAGGAGCAGCUGUACCCCGCCCGGGUAGUGGAGGGAGUCAUGGCGCUGCCUUUCCUGCAGGACAACCUCUACUCUGUACAGCAGCCAGCCCUGUUCCUGCUGGACAACCGUAUGGAGGUGUAUCUGUGGCAGGGCUGGCAGCCGGAGGACUCGCAGUCCACCGGAUCGGCAAAGAUGCGCUGGGACAACGAGAGGAAGUGUGCAAUGGAGACGGUGCUGCAGUACUGCAAAGAGAAGAAUCCUCGGCGCCCCCCUCUGGCCUAUCUGGUCCUAGCAGGCUGUGAACCCCUGACCUUCACUAACAUCUUCCCGUACUGGGAGAAGGACUCCAGCGUCGCUUCAGGAGUCGACAGCUCCAAGAGCAAAGUGAUCCUGGUGAAGGAGGCUCUGUCCAACCUCAGUAAAGAGCAGUACUCCAUCGAGGAGCUGACCAGGAAGCCUCUACCAGAGGGAGUGGACCCUCUACGUCUGGAGGAUUAUCUCUCAGACGAGGACUUCAAGACGCUUCUUGAGAUGAGUCGAGUGGAGUUCAACGCGCUGCCAAACUGGAAGCAGAAGAACCUGAAGAAGAGCAAAGGUCUCUUCUAAACAAAACUACAAACUUCUACAAAGAUCAGGUUUUUUUUUUGUUGGUCUGUUUGUUUUUUUUCGAACGUUGUCCUGAAAAGUUUUUACAAAUCUGUUUUUUUUGUAAAGCAUUAGCAAAAGAAGCAAAUGUACAAUUCUGUUCAAAUGUCUAUUUUUAAAAAGCCAGUGUCAUUUUUAAAGUUUCCCAGUGUCACUGAAAUAUUUUAGCCAAGAAUUAUGUGCAAUUGUUAAUCUCAUAAAAAAAAAGUUACCCUUGCAUUAUAAAUAUGUAAUAUACCAUGAAUGAAUGAAUGAAUGUGUUAUUUAGUUUGUCUCUGUGUCUGUGGUAAAACUGAGGGAAGUUUUCAUCAUUAUUUUAUUUUUUUAACAUUUCAUGGAUCAAGAAAAAAAAAAAAAACACAGUUGAAGUUGUCAAAAAAGAGUCAAAAACAAGUCGGUGCCUGGUACAGGAAAAUGUUUUUACCUUUUUUAAUUCCCAUUCUAUGAAAAAAAACAAAGAACAUGAGAUCCUGUUAAUAAUCUGUGUUAGUCAGACGUUGGUACUGGAUACUUCCUGGUUCUUAUAAAUAAUAAUUGUUCCAAUUAUUGCAGAUUCUUGGACCAAAAUCUGAAUCUUUGUCUCGUUCUACGUGUUUUUCUUUGUGCGUUUGUGUUGAACUUUAAAAGUAUUAUGUAAACCGUCAUGUAUUCAUUCAUACGUUGCAAUCAGACCUGUAUUAUACAAACCCCCCCCUUCUCCUCCAGCUACAGGGGCCUGCUUCCAUUUUUUUGGCACAUAAAGUCGGCGGCGUGGGAGUGAGAUGCUAAUGCUCAGUAUUCCCUUUUAAAUAAAACACAUUUUUUAAAAAUGAAA